GGGCAGCUGCAUCAGGAGUUGGAGUUUGGCGACCGCCUGCAGUUCCGAGGCUUAGGUCGGGACCGGGGCCGCCAGCGGGGCGCGCAGAGCCGAGGAGGGCUCCCCUACAGGUGAACGUCCGAUGGUUUGGUCCGACCCCGCGCGCGCCUGCGCGCGCGCGGGAGUUGCUGAGGGGCGGGGCCGCUGCGCACUUAAGGGCGGUUGGACUAGCCGAGCUCAGACCUCGUCAGCGCCGUCGCCGCGGGAGCUGCUUGCUGCUGAACCGGUCUCCAACCCUCCGCCGCCAUGGCCUGUAGACCUAGAAGCCCACCCCGGUACGGGAGCGGCCGCGACGGCAUUGCAAGCCCGCGGUCCCCUGCGAGAUGGAGCCUCGGACGGAAACGCAGAGCGGACGGAAGGGACCGGAAGCCCGAGGACGACCAGGAAGGCGAGCGCCAGGUUGCGGACCGUCGACCUGAAAGCUUUACAACUCCUGAAGGUCCUAAGCCCCGUUCUAGAUGUUCUGACUGGGCAAGCGCAGUUGAAGAAGAUGAAAUGAGGACCAGAGUUAACAAAGAGAUUGCAAGAUAUAAGAGAAAACUACUCAUAAAUGACUUUGGAAGAGAAAGGAAAUCUUCAUCAGGAAGUUCUGAUUCAAAGGAGUCUAUGUCUUCAGUACCAGCUGAUGUGGAGACGGAUGAAAGUGUCUUGAUGAGAAGACAGAAGCAGAUCAACUAUGGGAAGAACACUAUCGCCUAUGACCGAUACAUUAAAGAGGUUCCUAGACACCUACGACAACCUGGAAUCCAUCCUAGGACCCCCAACAAAUUUAAGAAGUAUAGUCGGCGAUCAUGGGAUCAACAGAUCAAACUCUGGAAAGUGGCUCUUCAUUUUUGGGAUCCUCCUGCUGAGGAAGGAUGUGAUUUGCAAGAAAUACAACCUGUAGAUCUUGGAGAAAUGGAAACAGAAUUCACAGAAAGCAGCUCUGAGUCCCAGACAAGUUCACAGGAUAAUUUUGUAAGUACUUCCUUUGGUUCUGUCUCUCAGCUUGGGUGUUUUAAAUCACUUGAGAAAUACCACUCUACAUACUGAGGUUAGAACUGAAAUUUGGUUAGAAUGUUUAUGAAAGGGGGACUUUUUCCCAUCAAGAAAUACCAAAUUGAUCACAGAUUGGGUUCUGAGCAUUUGAGCUCAGUUUGAGCUUUUGGUUCAUUCUACCUUUAAUUACUACUUUUAGUGAACUGCUGGUGUAGGGAUCAUCUCCUGAGUGCUUAUGUAGGGAAUAAUUGUUGGUUAGUUUUGUUUUGAUUUGAGACAGGAUCUCUCU